CGGAUGCUUUACUUUUUGUCGGGCUACCUGUGGAGGUUCCCAUCUUUCUCCGGUUCUUCCCAAGCCAGUUUUUCACAUUGAGAGAAGCCCCCGCAGGCAGGCAACAUGCUGGGAUUGGACGCGUGUGAGUUUGGGGGUCAGAUGCUGGAGCUGCUGUGGCUAACUAUGUGCUACAGAGGAUUCCUGGUGGACAAGAGGGAAUUGCAGUUGGAGGAGGAAGAAGAUGACAGGAACCUCAACUACAAUCCUCCAGCUCAGAAGACUUUGCAGGAGAUUCAGGAUUUGGACAAAGAUGAUGAGAGUCUGGUGAAAUACAAGCAGACACUGCUGGGGGUCCGGCCACUCAUGGCAGACUUGUCAGGCCCGAAUGUCCAGGUGACCAAACUGACCCUAUUAUUGGAUGAGGCUCCUGGACCGAUCACCAUCAACCUAACAGGGGAUGUGACCAGCCAGAAGGAGAAGACCUUUGCCUUAAAGGAAGCAGUCAAAUACAGGCUCAAAAUACACUUUAAGGUAAACAAAGAAAUUGUCGCUGGCUUGAAGUACCAUCAUGUGAGUUUCAGAAAAGGACUAAAAAUCGACAAGGUGUCCUACAUGAUGGGCAGUUACUGCCCUCGUGAGAACGAACAUGAGUUUGUGUUCCCUGCUGAAGAGACGCCUCAAGGCCUGGUGUCACGUGGUCUCUAUCAGAUCAAGUCGCACUUCACUGACGACGACAAGAACGUCUACUCGGCCUGGGACUGGAACCUCGAGAUCAAGAAGGACUUGGAUGAGUUGCAGUGUGUGAAAGGCAAUUAGAUCUUGUUUGAUUCUACUGAUGUACAUAAUAUUGCAGGGCAAGAUGAACAGCAGCGCUCAAGUCAACUGUAUUGGUCGCUGAUAUGUUCAAUAUUGGUGUCAAAUCUUGUAUGCUGUAUCUUUUAAUAAA